CCCCUGCGCGCGCCGAGCCUGCCGGGCGGCACUGGCGCCUCAGUCAGCUGAGCGCGCCGCCAGAGUAGGAGUCAUCGUCGCUGCAGCUAUCGCUGCUGCUAGAACCGUGUGAAGAGGGGACCCAGGCUGCCGGCUCCCCACUGCCCCCCAGCUCCCCGCCAUGGCCCCCAUUGGACUCAAAGCGGUGGUCGGAGAAAAGAUUAUGCAUGAUGUGAUAAGGAAGGUGAAAAAGAAGGGAGAGUGGAAGGUGUUGGUGGUUGAUCAACUCAGUAUGAGGAUGCUUUCGUCCUGCUGUAAGAUGACGGACAUUAUGACCGAAGGGAUAACAAUUGUGGAAGAUAUCAACAAACGUCGAGAGCCACUCCCCAGUCUGGAAGCUGUGUAUCUCAUCACUCCCUCUGAGAAGUCUGUCCAUUCACUCAUCAGUGACUUUAAGGACCCGCCAACUGCCAAGUAUAGGGCUGCACAUGUAUUUUUCACUGACUCUUGCCCAGAUGCUCUGUUUAAUGAGCUGGUAAAAUCUCGUGCUGCCAAGGUCAUCAAAACUCUUACAGAAAUCAACAUUGCAUUCCUUCCAUAUGAGUCCCAGGUAUAUUCCUUGGACUCUGCUGACUCUUUUCAAAGCUUCUACAGCCCACAUAAGGCUCAGAUGAAAAAUCCUAUCCUGGAACGACUGGCAGAACAGAUUGCAACUCUGUGUGCCACUUUAAAGGAAUACCCAGCUGUACGAUAUCGAGGGGACUACAAAGACAAUGCCAUGUUGGCCCAGUUAAUUCAAGACAAACUAGAUGCCUACAAAGCCGAUGACCCAACUAUGGGGGAGGGUCCAGACAAGGCUCGUUCCCAGCUCCUUAUACUGGAUCGUGGUUUUGACCCCAGUUCUCCUGUGCUUCAUGAAUUGACUUUUCAGGCUAUGAGCUAUGACCUGUUGCCUAUUGAGAAUGAUGUAUACAAGUAUGAGACAAGUGGGAUUGGAGAAGCUCGAGUAAAAGAAGUUCUUCUGGAUGAAGAUGAUGACCUGUGGAUAACUUUACGCCACAAACACAUUGCAGAGGUAUCCCAGGAGGUUACCCGUUCCCUGAAAGAUUUUUCUUCCAGCAAAAGAAUGAACACAGGCGAAAAGACCACUAUGAGGGACCUGUCACAGAUGCUGAAGAAGAUGCCCCAAUACCAGAAAGAACUCAGCAAGUAUUCAACUCAUCUACACCUUGCUGAGGACUGUAUGAAGCACUACCAAGGCACUGUGGAUAAACUCUGCCGAGUUGAGCAGGACUUGGCAAUGGGCACUGAUGCUGAAGGGGAGAAGAUCAAGGACCCUAUGAGAGCUAUUGUUCCUAUUCUCUUGGAUGCAAAUGUCAGUACUUAUGACAAGAUCCGCAUUAUUCUUCUCUACAUCUUCUUGAAAAAUGGCAUCACUGAAGAAAAUCUGAACAAACUGAUUCAGCAUGCACAGAUUCCCCCAGAGGACAGUGAGAUCAUCACCAAUAUGGCUCACCUGGGAGUGCCCAUCAUUACAGAUUCCACUUUGCGUCGCAGAAGCAAGCCAGAGCGGAAGGAACGCAUCAGUGAACAGACCUACCAACUCUCACGAUGGACUCCAGUUAUUAAAGACAUUAUGGAGGACACUAUUGAUGAUAAACUUGAUACCAAGCACUACCCUUAUAUCUCUACCCGCUCAUCAGCUUCUUUCAGUACCACUGCUGUCAGUGCCCGUUAUGGUCACUGGCACAAGAACAAGGCCCCUGGUGAGUACAGAACUGGUCCUCGCCUCAUCAUUUUCAUCCUUGGGGGUGUGAGCUUGAAUGAGAUGCGAUGUGCUUAUGAAGUGACACAAGCCAAUGGAAAGUGGGAGGUGCUCAUAGGUUCUACUCACAUUCUUACUCCCACCAAAUUUCUCAUGGACCUGAGACACCCCGACUUCAGGGAGUCCACUAGGGUAUCUUUUGAGGAUCAGGCUCCAACAAUGGAGUGAGAGCCAGAAACAAAGAGCCACGCACAUCCUCACCCCACAGAAACUGUUGGACACGCUGAAGAAACUGAAUAAAACAGAUGAAGAAAUCACCAGUUAAACUAACCAAACCACCCCUCCAAAAAGUGAAUAAUCUCUCUGGCUCUCGGCAGCUUUCUAUGGCUGGUCUUAGAUGUUACUUUGCAGUACCCGUUCUCAUCUUCCAUCAAUCCCCCACUGCACGCCCUGGCUUUCCCUCUUUGGUCUUGUGUUUGAUGAAGCCUUCUUCUUGUUUAAAACAAAGGGAAAUAAUGCAUUGUGUUUAUAUAAAAGAGAGCAGAGUGUGUAUGCAUCUAAAAAAGAGAAAUUCAUUUUCAAGUGAUGCACUGCUAAUGAGAUUUUCAGACUGUGAUGACUGGACUCCUCUCUCUCCCUCCAUUAUGUAUGGCAUUGUGACCUUAUCCUACCCCAGUGCAACAUGAAUGCUCUAUGUGGAAACUGCUUGAAAACAGAUAGGUAGAAAUUUGGUUUUUAAAAAUUCUUUCCUUUUUUUUUCCUGGGGGUGGGGGUGGAUACAGGUAUAAUUGUUUCCAUUCUUGUUGGGCAUUUUUUUUCUUACUGUAGAGUUUUCCAUGUUCUUGGAAUAUGUUAAAAUGCAGAUUGGUACUUUGUCUUCCCCCCACUCUCCGUUCCUUAUUGUCUCUUUUGAUCUAGAUGUACUUGGAAGUAGAGAUCAGGUGAUGCCUGAUUGAUCUUGUGGAGAAUAUGACCCUCCACUUUACCCAGCACCUGAUGUCUCCCAGGGGUACAGCUGCAGUUCCAGGGUAGAGCUGUCCAAGGCUAUAGCACCAGAUAGUGUCUCUUCCUGCCUAGAUGACCUUGGUGCUGCCACAUCUGUCCUCUUAUGCUCUGCACCACUUAAACAAUCCUGUGUAAAUUGAAGGAAGGGAUGUGGCUCUCAUUAACAUUUCAUAUUUACUCAAAAAGGAAAACUAUUUUCUUGGAAUUUUAAAUUUGCAAGUCAGAGAUCCUCAGGCUAGUCAGCUGAACCAAAACCAGGAGUUCAAAGUGACCUGGACCCAAAUCUCCCUUAUCCAGUCAUACCUACAAAAGUUAAAUACCUAAUUCUCAUUGGGGUCAAAUUUGAUGGAGAAAAUGAUAGAAAAGACUCUGGUCCCUAUUCCACAAAAAAGGGUACUUGAGUCCCAAGAAUUAAAUAUAUUCACUUACCUGCAGAACAGAUGCAGCAGAUAAAUUAUUGAAGUAGGUUCUGUCUGUAGCCCAUAUGCCCAGUGAAUAAAACCCCUUACCAGAAAUCUUCAGUUUCAUAUUCAGUAAUUGAUUUUCCAUAGUGUGAGUUCAGACAACAUCAUGCUUAUGAGAAUUUGCAAAAUGCAAAUAAGACCAUUUUCACCUUGUAUUGAACUUAACUCUAAAACAAAACAAGGCAGUCUUAUCAUGAGUCUGGAGGCUCUGUGCCGCUUUGCAUUUAGCCCUGCUGCGUGCACAUUAUCUGUUUCUGCCAUCAUUGUCCAGUAGUGAAAUGUUCUGGCAGUGGGAGUCCCCAUGUUCCCCAGGCCCAGCAGCCCCUGACCCCUUCAUCCCAGCCGAUUGUGUGUAUAUUACUUAAUGUGUCUUGUGAUGUUGUUGCAAGCUUGAUGUAUGGUAGCUUAACUGCAAGCCUUCUUCCUUUCCUUUCCGAUGACUUUCUUCUCUCCCUCUUAGAUGCAUUAUGGUGUUUUCUUCUUAAGGCAUUGAAACCUUCCCUUUGCACUGAGUGAAUCAACUCUUUGUCCCUUCUUCGUUUUGAGACCUGUCUCUUCCAUCCCUCCUUCCCCCUUUUGAAGCUGUUUUUUCCCUUUAGGGCAAAAGCUAUAAACAUUUGCACUGAUUUUUUUUUUUUUUACCUUUGCCCUUGGUUUUGUUUCUCUUCCUUUGAAAUAGCAGUGUACAUGCUUUGGGAUCUUGUUUAGACAUUGUUUUCCCUUUCUCUGUUGGUUAUUUAUAUGAAAAUAAUUUAUCAAAAGGAAAACUUAAAAAAAAAAGCUAGUCUGUCUUGAAACUUGUUUACCUUGAAUUUACUGGAAUCUCAAUGUUUGAAAGUGUUGAAGCACAAACAUGUAUCAUCUCUAUAUCUGUUCUUCUGUACUAAAGCACUCAAGUCUAUGAAAUAAAUAAGCUCCUAUUCAUGGCG